AUGGCAGUUUCGACAGUACCCAGGGCCACGUUAGCCACGUCAGCGUCUGGGCUUAGACUGCAAAGCUGCUGUCGUGGUCCUGGGCUUCCCUUAAGACAAAUGCGCCCGUUACAGUCACAGAAGCACGCGAAGCGAUCCAGAAGCGUUGUCACAAGAGCAGCCCUGGACCCUUCCGGCAUUGAUGCCGUGAUUUCCGCAGGAUCGAUCGCCGCACACAAUCUGCUAUUCGCGGUAGCGGACGCUGCUGCUGACGUGGCACCAGCCGCUGCUGAGGUGGUGCAGGAUCGUGGCUGGUUCUCAGGCCUUGCUGAUCUUCUGGAAGCAUUUCUCAAGGUCUUAGAGGAGGGCCUAGUCGCUCUGAAAGUGCCGUACGCGUACGGCUUCUCAAUCAUCCUGUUGACGAUCAUUGUGAAGGUGGUAACGUUCCCGCUGACGAAGAAGCAGGUGGAGUCGACGCUCGCGAUGCAGAGCCUGGCGCCGCAGCUGAAGGCGAUCCAGGCGCAGUUCGCGGGCGACCAGGAGCGCAUUCAGAUGGAGACGGCCAAGGUGUACCAACGCGCGGGUGUCAACCCCCUCGCAGGUUGCUUGCCCACGCUUGCCACACUCCCCAUCUUCAUCGGCCUUUACCAGGCUCUCAGUAACGUCGCCAAGGAGGGCGUGCUCACGGAGGGUUUCUUCUGGAUCCCCUCUCUCGCUGGCCCCACUUCUAUCGAUCCCACCGUCGAAGGCUCUGGCAUCUCCUGGCUCUUCCCCUUCGUUGACGGCGCCCCGCCUCUGGGCUGGGAGGCCACAGCAGCGUACCUCGUGCUGCCAGUGCUGCUGGUGGUGUCACAGGCUCUCUCCAUGCAGAUCAUGCAGCCGCCACAGACAGAUGACCCGGCAACGCAGCAGAGCCAGGCGAUUCUCAAGUUCCUGCCGCUCAUGAUCGGCUGGUUCUCCCUCACUGUGCCCUCCGGCCUCUCCCUCUACUGGUUUGUGAACAACGUGCUGAGCACAGGGCAGACGGUCUACCUGCGCAAGAUGGGAGGAGCCACCAAUCCAGCAGCAGCAUCAGGAAUGGUGGGGGCUGAUGGGGUCAUUGACGUGGGGCUUGUGGAGCCCUCUGCACCGCCCAGCACCACUGCGUCUGCUGCACCUGCUGCCUCUGCUCCGGCGGCAGCAGCAGUGUCGUCGUCUGCUGGGGAAGGGGUUGCAUUUAAGGGCCUGAGCCAGGAGGAGGAGGAGAAGGAGAGGGCCCGCGCUGAACGGUUCCGGAAGCGCAAGGAAGCAGAGGCGGCAAAGCGGGCGGGAAAGGCGGUAGGAGAUGAUGCUGGAGCGGCUGCUGUAGUCAAUGUGGAUGACAAGGAGAGGGAACGGGCAGAGAGGUUCCGCAAGCGGAAGGAGGAGGAGAAGGCAAGACGUGCAGCCAAGGCGGCAGCAGAGCAAGCGGUGAAACCAGCUGCACCUUCUCGGCCUGAGGCGCAAGUACCAGUUGCUGUUGUCUUGCCGCCAAAUGAAAAGAGAGAAGAAAAAGAAGCACGCACUGAAGAGGUAGUCAUCGUUGAAGUCCUAGAGGAAUCUUCAGUAAAGCCCACUCUGUCAGCCGUUCGAAUCGCCUUUUACUCGUCGCCAUGGGACCCGUCCUCUUCCCCUUCAGUGGUCGACGAGUUUAUCCAGUUCCUCUUCGCGGCUCUCCUCCUCGCUCGAGCUGCUUGUGGCGCCGCUGCGAUUUGGCUGUUACACGUGGCGAGGCUGUCUUUCCGCCACGUGUCAUUCGACCGCAAACCUUUCGAUCCUCGCGCGACUGAUGGGGAAAGCGACUACUUGAGAAACGAAGAUUCCGCGAAGGUGACUUCUUUAUCUGCUGAGCCGCCUCAAGAUAAGCCCGUGGACGCGAUAAGAACAACUACCGCUGAUGACGUCACCGUGAUUGCUAAAAACGAUGAUGACGUCACAUUCAGUCUGCAAAUUCCAAUCAAUAGCUCGGCAGGUGACGUCAGGCCAUGCUGCAGCAGCGAACGUGGGAAGCCCUCUGACGGGCAGGAGUUUCUUCAGGUGCUUUCAGCGGAGGUGGUUCAGGUGGUUUCAGCAGAAGUGGUAAAGAUGCGGGAGGAACUGGUGGAGGUCGUAUCCGGCGUGGUUGAAGGGAGGACUGAAAAUGGGGAGAGGAAAGGGAGAAGGGAGAGUACGGAGAAUAGGAGGAUGAUAGAGGGAGACAGCAAACAAGAGGAGGCGAGUGGAAAGGGAGAGGAGGCGAGUGGAAAGGGAGAGGAGGAUGAGGGGGGAAGAGGCGACGGAAUAGAGGAGAUUAAUGGGACAGCGGAAUCGGCAAGGGAGAAGGAGGAAGAGGAGCGAAAAUUGGAGGAAGAGAGGAUGAAACGGGAGAGGGAGCAAGAACGGGCGGAAGAGAGGGCGGCGUUGGUGGGUGAACUGGUUGAGAGACUCUCGGCGUUGCUGAAGCAGAGCAAACAGGAAGAUCUGACGCUGCAGCAGGAGCACGAGGAUCAGGAGCAGCAGGAGCAGCAGGAGCAGCAGCAGCAGCAGGAGCAGCAGCAACGCACAGGAGCACGGAAGCAGCAGCCGCAGCAAAAGGAAGACGAGGUAAGAGAGGAGGAGGAGAAGCAGGAAGAGGAGCAGGAGGAGCAGCAGCAGCGGCAGCAACAUCAGCAGGAAGACGAGGCGAAGGAGGAGGAGAAGGAGGAACAGCAGCAGCAACAACAGGAGCAACAGAAGGAAGAGGAGGUAAAGGAGGAGGCGCAGAAUCAGGAGCAAGAGGAUCUGGUCCAGAGGGUAGUCCAGGAGUGGGGGAGGGAGAGAGAGGCGUGGCUACAACGAGUGGAGCAGCUGGUGACUGUAACGAAGGGACGGGAGGGAGAAGAUGGGGAGGCAGAAAAUGGGGAGACAGAAGCGGCGGCCCAGUCGACUUUGGAGGCAGCAGCGGCAUAUGGUGGUGGUGCUGCUGAGAGUGUGGCAGGUGAUGGGGACGGGGGCGUGGAGAAGAGAGGCAGCAAGGCGGAGGAGAAAGGGGAGGAGGAGGAAGAGGAGGAGGAAGAGGAGGAGGGGGGUCAAAGGCGGGAACUGCAAUCCCUGGCAUCGACUGAACAUGAGAUGCCAGAGCUGAGGCAGGAGCAGGAGCAGGAGCAGGAGCAGGAGGAGGAGGAGAAGAUGGGGCAGGAGGGGCAGGAGGAGCAAGUGGGACAGGCAGAGCAGGGGUUGCGUCAUGCGGCAAAGGAUGAGAGGGAGAAGGGCAAGGGCGGGGAGGGGGAGGAGAAGGAAGAGGAGGUGAUUGACCGGGCGAAGUUCCUCAAGAUACUCAAGCAGCAUCAGCGGCAGCUGAAGCGGCAGCUGCAGCAGCAGGCCGCGGAGAAUCGCAGAGGCCACGGCAGGAGGAGAAGCAAUGGGGACAAGGAGGAGGAUGGGGAGGAGGGAGGAGAGAGGGAAGCGGAGGAGGAUGAGGAAGGAGAAGGGGAUGAAUACGAGGAUGAGGAUGAUUUGGCUGUGCUGCGCCGGGCGUUGGAGAAUGAAAUGGAGCUGGUAGAUUCUCUUAGAAGGGAGCUGGACCAGGAACGGGCGGCGGCUGACAGUGCCGCCCAGGCCAGCAUGGAGCUGAUUCGCCGGCUGCAAGAGGACAAAGCCGCCGCCCACCUUGCCGCCCGGCAGCGGGAGAGGAUUCUGGAGGAGAAGGCGGUGUAUGAUGAGGAGAGGGUGGAGGUGCUGAGGCAGAUCAUGCAGCGGCAGCAGGAGGAGGUAGAGUGGUUGGAAGGGGAGUUAGAGCGGUGCAGAAGGCAAUUGGGGGUGUUGUGGGAGGCUGGAAUGGCUGUGAUGGGGGGGGAGGAGGAAGGGGGAGAGGGAGGGGGGGUGGGAUGGGGAGAGGGUGGAGGGAUGGGAGGGGUUGAGGGGAUGGGAGUGGGGGGGGGAGUGGGUUGGGUUGACGUGGACUGGGCGCAGUUGCUGGGGGAAGAGGGGAUGGGGGAUGAUAUGUUUGUGGGAGGGACAAUGGGGGGAGGGGCGAUGGGGGGAGGGGAAAUGGCGGGAGGAGAUAUAGGAGGGGGGCAGGCGGGAUUGGGGAGAUGGGAGGGGGGGAACGGAGGGGGAGGCGGGGAUGGUGAGACGGAGGAAAUGGGAGGUGGAGGAGGAGGAGGAGGAGGGGGUGAGAAGGUGGAAUAUGAUGGGCAGGGCGAGAGUCUUUGCGAGGCAAACAGGGAGGAUGAUUCUUUGCCAGUUGGAAGGGGGGUUGAUGAUGAAAAGGACGGAGAUCCUUUUUGUCUGUCAGAGAAUGAAAACGACGUGGGCGGCUUAGAUGUGGGGAGGUUGGACAUAAGGGUAGCAGGGAGCAUUGAGGGGGAUGAAGAUUCCAAGGGGGACGAUGAGGGAGGUGAGAGUGGUGUGGGGGAUGAAGGAGGUGAGCUGGUGGAAGAAGAGGGCCUGGGGUGUCAUGGGGAUGGGCCAGUUUGCGUUGAGAGUGGUGAUGAGGCGUGCAGUGAGGUGGAGAAAGAGUCACGCACUGCUGCAGAGUCUGGAAAUGGGCUUCUGGAUGGGAAGGUGAAUGGGGGUGCGGGAGGGGAUGCAGAAGCGGAAGGGUCGCACGAGAAUCCAGAGAUGCAUGGGCAUGAAGAGCAGAAGGAGUUGGGGGUGGAAGAGUGUGUGCAAAGGAUGGGGUCGAGUGGGGGUGAAUCGGGAGACCUGGACGAAGUGUGGCGCGAGUUUGAAGCGCAGAUAGACCCUCUCGAGGCGCAGGAGGCAGCAUCUGCAGCCGCGGCAGCAGCAGCAGCAGCAGCAGCAGCAGCAGCAGCAGCAGCAGCAGCAGAAGCAGAAGCAGCUGAAGGGGAGGCUUCUUUUCUUGGUGUGCCGUCGCCGCUGCCGCCUCUCUCAGUGUUUGUGACGCCAACCAAGGAGCUGCAGCGGCUGAAGAGUUCUUCUAGAGCUAGCUCUGCUAGCGCGGGGGGCUCGCCCUUAAGCUCGCCCCAUGCGGCUGUGGGUGCGAGUGGCAGUGGAAGUGGUGGCAGUGCGUUUCGCUUGCCGAGGCAGCUGACAACGAAUGACCAGAUGAAACGCGCACGACAGGAAGAGACAAGGAAGCUUCUGGACUGCCUGACUGUGUUGGAUGUGGAGAGUGAGAUGCGGCUGAGGGAGCUGGAAGGAGGGGUGCUGCCCAAGUGA